ACUAUUACAACAAAUACAAUUUUCACGAUCUCCAUGAAUAUAAUGAGUUAAAUAUAAUAUACACAAAUUUGAAAUUUUACUAUGCCCCUAAAAAGAUUCUGGUCGAGCCCGGGCUCGCCCCGUGCGCACGCCUAUGAAACACACAUAAAACAAUUUAAAUGACAAAUAUCGAAUAACAGUAAUAACAAUAUUUUUUUCUUUUUUUUUUUUUUGUUCACACUCUUGCAUAAUAUUUGAUCAAUUAAAAAUGUAUCACUUCCAAAACACUUACGCUCGGGGCAAAUGUCCCUUUUGCCUCCCUGUAGUUUAUACAUUUAUUAAUUUAGUAAUUGUGAGACAAAAUAAGUUGUGGGAUCGUGUAGGAACCAACAUAAUAAAUAAUAUUACUUUCAUUAAAUACUUAACUUUUACAUUUUAUAAUAAAUAUUAUGAUUUAAUACUAAGUUUGUGUUAUGAUACGUGUCCCAUUCCAUCCUCAAGUCAGAGGAUUAAAGGGAAUCCUAGCCUGUUUAUGUAAUGUUUCAUAUUAAAUAUAACUAAUAGCUUAAACAGCGUGAUUUAUUAUUUAAAGACAUCGUUUUAUUUAAAUUAAUUAAAAGAUUGAUUUACUGGGAAUAAAAACUUAAACAAAUAUGGUACAAUACAAUAUUAUAUGAUUGAAAAAGAAAUUGUUUUAAUACUUAUAUGUUACGAGUAUAUUCAUUAUAGGUGAAAAAUUUUUAAAACGUGAUAAAAAGAAAGUAAAAUAAAAAUUGGCAAUAUUGUAUAAAAUAAUAAUACAAUUUGCCAUCGAAAAACGGUGUAUACUAUUCAUCUUGGAUUUAAAUGUUGGCCGCUAGAUUCACGCUACAGGCAGUCGUUUCGAGAGCCUUCCACAACUGUUCUAUACCUCCAGCAGUUUGGACGCGCUGCAUUCGAAGUAUAUCAUAGAAAAAUUUAUAAAAUGGAUACGGAACAAUUUCGCAAGCAUGGCAAGGAAAUGGUGGACUAUAUUUGUGAAUAUUUAGAGACAAUAAAACACAGAAGAGUGACACCAACAGUAAACCCUGGAUGGUUAAAAAAUCAAAUCCCACUGGAAGCACCUGUACAUCCGGAGGCAUUUGAUGCAAUAAUGAAAGACGUUGAAAAUAUUAUUAUGCCAGGAGUGACACAUUGGCAACAUCCAAGAUUUCAUGCUUAUUUUCCCUCUGGUAAUUCAUUUCCUUCAAUUUUAGCAGACAUGCUAUCUGAUUCUAUAGCAUGUAUUGGGUUUUCAUGGGCUGCAAGUCCUUCGUGUACCGAAUUGGAAACUAUAGUUUUGGAUUGGCUCGGUAAAGCCAUAGGAUUACCAGAAGAGUUUUUAACAUUUUCAGAAGAAGCAUCAAAAACUAUUAAUUCUGCGAGACAAGGCGAUAGCGAAACCGAAGUACACAACGGAAAAGGCGGUGGAGUACUUCAGAGUUCAGCAAGUGAGUGCAUAUUUGUUUGUAUGCUAGCAGCUCGAGCUCAAGCAAUUAAACGAUUACGAAAACUUCACCCAUUUAUUGAAGAAGGUGUUUUAUUAUCAAAACUAAUGGCUUACUGUUCUAAAGAAUCACAUUCGUGCGUGGAAAAAGGGGCUAUGAUGGCAUUUGUUAAAUUACGUAUACUUGAGCCUGACGAGAAUAACAGUUUAAGAGGGGCUACGUUAAGACAAGUGAUGGAACAAGACGAGGCGAUGGGAUUGAUACCGUUUUUCGUUUCUACUACAUUAGGAACAACGUCAUGUUGUUCAUUUGAUAAUAUACCCGAAAUUGGUCUAGUAUGUCAGCAAUUUGAAACUGUUUGGUUACACGUUGAUGCUGCUUAUGCAGGAAGUGCAUUCAUAUGUCCUGAGUUUCGGUCUCUAAUGAAUGGUGUACAAUAUGCAGACUCUUUUAACCUUAACACAAAUAAGUGGUUGUUAACAAAUUUUGAUUGUUCAUGUCUUUGGGUAAAAGAUCGAUUUAAAUUAACUUGUGCUUUGGUGGUCGAUCCUCUUUAUUUACAACAUGGUUAUGCUGGUGCUGUAGAUUAUAGACACUGGGGUAUACCAUUGAGUAGACGUUUCAGAUCACUGAAGCUUUGGUUUGUGCUACGCACAUACGGAAUUUCAGGACUUCAAAAAUAUAUUAGACACCAUUGUCAACUAGCAAAACGUUUUGAAAGAUUAGUCAGAAGCGAUAAUAUGUAUGAAGUCUUAAACGAUGUGAAGAUGGGGUUAGUUUGUUUCCGUCUGAAAGACGAUCCGACAAAUAAACUAAAUAAAAAGCUCUUAGAAACCAUUAACGAAUCAGGAAAACUUCACAUGGUUCCAUCAUUAGUACACGACAAGUAUGUCAUCAGGUUUUGCGUAGUUGCAGAGCAUGCUACAGAAGAUGAUAUUGAUUACGCCUGGAAAAUUAUAAAAGAAACAGCAGUAACAGUCGUGUACAACGAACAAGAACUCACAGAAAAACGAGAAGAGCAAGUGGAUGAAGUGUUUGAGUUAUCGGAACGUAAAAAGAAGGAUGAUUUGGCCUAUAGGAGAUCAUUUUUUGUUCGAAUGGUCAGUGAUCCGAAAAUAUAUAAUCCAAUAAUUGCUCGAUCAUCCCCUGGAUCUCGCAGACAUACUCAUUUAAGUUCAAUGGAUGAUGAUAUCCAUGAUCCAUUAUCUACAUCUACAAGUGAUACAGAAGAUACAAUGACACAACCAGCGAGUUCAUGGAUAAGUUGGCCAUUAGCAUUUUUAUUUCAAGGAGUGUUUGAUGAUAAAGAAGGCAAUGAUGUUCCUGUAAGAUUUAGACAUUUGGCAACUAAAAUGCACUUUAAAUCAAAAAGUAAAUCACCAGAACACUUGGCCACAGAAGAAAACAAAUCACGGCGCAAUUCUCCAGUAUUUCCAAGGAAAUCUAGUUAUGUUAAAACUGAAAAUGAAAAUAACAUGCAAAAAUAAGAACUGACCAAAAUAUAAAAAUAAUUUUUGCUUGUGUUAUUUUUCUAGCUUGUUAAUAGUUAUAAUUAAUAUAAGUUCAUGACCUCAAACGCACAAAAUAAAUCUAGACGCUUAUAUUAAAAAAGAUUAACUGUUUAGCUAAUGUUUGUAAAU